CAGCAGUCAUGGCGACAGUGGUCCAACCGCUCUCUCUGGAUCGAGAUGUUGCCAGGGCUAUCGAGCUGCUGGAGAAGCUGCAGGAGUCGGGUGACGUCCCCGGUCACAAGCUCCAGUCUCUGAAGAAGGUCCUGCAGAGUGAGUUCUGCACAGCUAUCAGAGAGGUGUAUCAGUACAUGCAUGAAACAAUUACAGUGAAUGGCUGUCCGGAGUACCAGGCGAGGGCCACGGCCAAGGCCACAGUUGCGGCCUUCGCAGCCAGCGAAGGUCACUCCCACCCACGGGUGGUGGAGUUACCUAAGACGGAGGAAGGGCUGGGCUUCAACGUGAUGGGCGGCAAGGAGCAGAACUCGCCUAUCUACAUCUCCCGCAUCAUCCCCGGAGGCGUGGCUGAGAGGCACGGCGGCCUAAAGCGAGGGGAUCAGCUGCUGUCUGUCAACGGCGUGAGUGUGGAAGGCGAGCACCACGAGAAAGCGGUGGAGCUGCUGAAGGCGGCCAAGGACAGCGUGAAGCUGGUGGUUCGCUACACUCCCAAAGUGCUGGAGGAGAUGGAGGCCCGCUUUGAGAAGCUCCGCACGGCCCGGCGGCGCCAGCAGCAGCAGCUCCUCAUGCAGCAGCAGCAGCAGCAGAACCUGACCUCUCAGCAGAACCACAUGUCGUAGGUUGUUCCAAAAGAAGAAGAAGUGAAGGGGAGCGAGGGAAGGUGGAUCUCAAAGACCAUCUGUUUUGUGUUGAGGAUCCCAAAGGAACCUCUCUGUCGCGGAGGGAACCAAGCAGAAGACUCUUUCACUCUCUCCCUUCCAGUGUACCACCGAUUACUGAGCAAAAACAAAGAGAGAGCCGUUUCUCCUGAAGUUGGUGCUUUGAAAAACAAGUACGAGGGAGGCUAGCACUGAAAGUCGUCCAUUUUAACUUUGUAUUCCCUUUUAUAAGUUGUCCUCCCCCGGUUGUGACUCUUACUGGAUCUCCCCUCUCUUGUGUUCGGUUGUUUCGUUUCUCCAUUUUUUGGUUGCUUCCAGGCAUCCAUCGCACCGUGGCACCUUUGCCAUUUUGUCAUCGAUAUCAUUUGUACAGUGGUGUUUCUAUUGAUUCCUCAACUGGUGCUUGUGUCUCUGUAUGAAUGACCAUUGGUUUCUUUUCUCGUGUCAGACUUGUCCCGUUUUGGAUAAACGUGAACUCUUUUUUACCUUCUAUAUUGUAGCAGGAAAGAUUUUGUAUCUCGUAGGUUUAGCAAUAACACACAUUCUUCGGUUUUUACAUCCCACCACUAAAUUCACGAUCGGACUCGUGCAUAUAUACAGAGUUCAUGGCAUAGGUGCAAAUGUAAAUCACUGUAAAGCAAACUGGGUCUUAUGUACUGUAAGGCAGCUUCUUUGUCCAAAUCCUCUGUGCCAUUUAAAGAGAUUAUUGAUUUACAGGUGGCAUGAGCAAUUAAUGUGCAAUAACUGCGAUUAUUAACAGACUUUGUAAGCUACUCCCGACUGAAAUUUAUGGAGCAAAUAUACGUAACCAAGAGAUUUUAACAAAUCAGCCCUCAGACAUGAGGAAACAGAAUGUCAGCAGUUUUCAUUGGGAAUUAAAAUAUGCUAGAAUUAUGUUUAUUUUCCAGACGUGUCUAUUUUAUAGUUUAUGAGAUCAGAGAUUUAUCAUAAAGUUUUAUUGUUCCUUUUAAAUAUUAUGUAUUCUUUCUAAGAUGAUUAUUUAAGAUCUAUUCAUUGUAUAACAGCUGAAUAUUAGCACAUAGUCGAUUUCUGCCCUGCGUUUCCGUUCUGACAAUCAUUUCUCCUCAGUACCUGCGAGCGAAAUCCGUUUUGAAACGUCUCUCCGCCAACCCAGCAGAGCUAAAGAGGUUUACUCUUCAUCUCUUCAUCUCCAUCGCUGGUGCUAAGCGCUCCUCCUUUUGUUUGCACUGCAGAUCACUUCCUGGUGUUUUCAUUCUCUGUAGGUGGCGCUCUUUUCCUUGUUUGUUCCACCGUGCAGGCUCCACCGCUCAGGCUGUUUCUUCUUUAUUCCAAACAAAUCCAAAACAUUCAGAUGCAUCACUUCCUGUAUGCUAGAGGAGUUUUUUUCCCCCCCUGAGGAGAGCCAAUCCAGACGCUGCAUGUUAAGAACAGCGAAUGAAAAGCUGUGAUGAAGUUAUAAAGUUUGCAUUGUCAUGAAAAUGUUGCAUCUUGGAUUUAUUGACUGAAAGUGAGGACUUCAUUUUCACCUUUGAUCCUUUCUGAUCUGCAUCACAUCGAAAUGCACAAGUCCUGCAGAGCAAAUUUCUUCUUCUACAUGCAAAACGCGCGCCACGCUGCCACAUGUUGCCAUUUCCUAAACAACCUGUUAGCACUAAGGUCACUUAAUGCCAAAGCUUUUGCAUUGGGUCGCCUCCGUGCUCAGGUUUUAUAGAAUAUUCCAACAGAUCCCUUUUUGUAUCUUUAAAUCACAGGUACUCUUUCUUAAUUGACUUACAUUUUUGAAGCUGGUGGUCCCGUACUUACCGUAAAGAUUCAAAAGAGAACAAACUGUUGAUAUGCAAUUGU